AAGCAAAUUGUCUGGUAAACAAGAGAAGAAGAAAAAAAAAAAACGUCAAAAAACAAAGCUAGCUAGCUGCAACAUCAAUUGCACAUCAAUGGGCGCCCUCUCAAGUAUUAUCCAUUAACGGGCGCUCCCUCCACCGGAACCACCAUCGCCACCGUGGUUUGAAGAACCUGCAGCUCCACUCCCGCCGCCGGCAACUUCCAGCUCAGCCUCCUCCUCCUCCUGCUGGUGAGGCGCGCUGCUCAUCAACAACAACAACAACAGGUGGUGCCAAAACCAGCGGAGGCGGAGGCGGAGGCGAUGCCAGACUUACCGUACACUCGUCGAAUUUUACUAUUUAGAUUAUGAAUUAAUCAGAAUUGGGGCGAAGAUAUUAUACCUAACCUCUGACAGGUGAAUCCCAGUUCUCAAUUUUCUAACACAAACCAUGAUAUUUGUUUAAUUUUAAAAUAAUAAUCGACGAUUCUGAUUCGUCGAAAUAUAUCAAAGUACAACUAAUUGAUGUGAACGCAGGCGUAUAGCGUACGCUUAUACCUGCGUUCAUACCUAUUAUUUGUACUUUAAUAAUUUUUGAUAAAUCGUAACCGCUGAAUGUAAAAUUGGUCUGGCAAGAAAUUGAUGCAUUAAAAUUUGACUCAAUAUUAGGGUGAGAGGAUUCCCAUCUCAAAGUUUGUUUCCCAACCUUUGAGUAACUUCAUUUACUUGGCUUAAUUUCUUGUGUUUAGUUAGAGUUAGAAGUAAUUGAGAAAUUUAAAUCGAUUGGCUAGAAAGUAGCAAAGCUUAAAGUACAAGUACAUUUAGAUGACUCGAUAUGUAUGGUCUUGGAGUCACUAUACUACGUGCUUAAUUAGGGUAUACGCGUCCUAGCUAAACAUAGUCAUUAGUCCAAUUAGGGGUGGCAGUACGGUCCGGUCCGGUUAAAUUGGCCCGAAUUGAUCCGGUCCGGUCCGGUCUUUUUGGAAAUAUGGGGACCAAAACUUGGAUUGGGUACAGUCCGGUUUUGACCCGGUCCGUUUUUGACCCAGUCCGGUCCCAUACAAAAUCACAACCAUCAUUGAUGUCUAUUACAAACUCAAAGUCCAAUUCAAACUUCAAAAUAAAAAUAAAGUGCAUCACAAGUUCACAAACAAAGUUUAGACAUCAAACACCAAACUCACUUCAAUCGAUAAUAAACUCAUCCAACCCUGGUAUAUCACAUUCCAUCAUUCAAAUGCAGCAAUUCUUUUAGACUAUAAGCAAAACUGUAAUAGCUAGCAUGUGUUUCUGCCACUGCCAAAUCUUUGGCAUAUCUCUUUACUUUGUCCUGGCUGGAUUGUUUUUGUCAUUUUGGCAAAGGCUGGAAAUUUUCAUUGAUAAGCAAAAGAUGCACCCAAAAUUUAAGAAUUUGUGCCAAUGGUCAGUACUGUCGAAUAAUACAAGAACUAAAAGAAAGAAAUAAAAUCAAUUCAUGAGAACAAUGGCGGGUUAGGCAGAAUAAUUAAGGAACGAAGUGACGACAAACAACAAGGACACAUGAUGAGCUUCAUUCAUUUGCACAGUUUGCUUACCCAGCUGCUGCUGCCUUCCAUUUUUAUGAGUUCGCAGAUGUUCCCAAAAGUCGACGAACGGUGAUGAGGCUGUGGGAGGGCGACGAGGCUAUGACAGAGCCGGCGACGAGGCUAUGACAGAGCUGAGUCGGAGUCGCGUCGGGGCUGGGUGGUCGGGGUCGUCGCUGCUGUGCUGUCGGCGCGGAGGCGGGUCGUCGCUGGUGAAAGUUUGUGCUUUUGUGCUGCUCGGGGUCGUCGCUGCUCACUGUCGGCGCGGAGGCGGGUCGGAGUCGUCGCUAGGUCGGCGCGGGCCGCAGAGGCGGACUGUGGACUGGAGCGGCGAAAUGGCGAUUGGAGGAGGUCGCGACGGGACAGAGUUGGGGGCGGAGGCUUCCUGUUCCUGGGUCACGACGGGACGGAGGCUUGCAGGCUGCAGCUGGGUCGCGAGUCGCGACGUCACGUCGCAGAGAAUGAGUCGCGACCAGCAACGAGAGAAGAGAAGGUCGCCGUUGCCGUCGUGAUGGUCCGAGUCUCCGAGACUCCGUCGAUGGCGCGCUGGUCCGAGAGUCUCCGAUGGCGAUGGCGAUGGGCGAUGCUUUCAGUCUCGAGGGAGAGGGAGGCGGCAGGCGGAAUGAAUACUGAAGAGAGGCUGGGUCAGCUCUCAACCCUACAGACGACAGAGAACAGAGGCCAUGGGUUAGUGGGCCUGGGUAAGUGGGCCGAGAGGCCAUGGGUAUUGGCCUAUCCGGUCUUCCGGUUUUUACCCGGUUUUGACCCGGACUGGAUUGGUCCGGUUUUUUUGCUAAUUCUAGGACCAAAGACGGGAUUGGAUUGUUUUAAAUCCGGUCCCGGUCUUAAAACGGUCCGGUUUUUACGGUCCGGUUUCCGGUUUUCAAUCCGGUCCCGGUCCAAACUGCCAGCCCUAAGUCCAAUCAUGCAUACUUAGUUAUUUAAUCUUAAGCUUUGGGCUUGGUCCAACUCAAAGCUUUGAGUUAUAUAGCUCAUUGCAGGCAAAUAUAACGAAAUAUAAAAAAACCACGUAAUCUCGAGUGGGCUUGGACUUGUAGUUAUAUUACAUGUCGUUAUUUGGAUGAGCUCAAAUGUCAAUUAUAUAUUGCUCCUAAUUGUAAGUUUGUAGCAAAGGGCUCACCAAAGUUUCAUAUGAAAAUCACACCAUCAAGCCCGUUAAGAAGAUCAACAACUACCAAUAAAAUCAGACAGAUGGCUCCUUCUCCCCACAAACAGGUUAUGCAGCAGCUGGGGGGCUCUUGAGAGACCACCUUGGCAGGUGCACAAAGGCCUUCGUCUGCAACUUGAGCGCGUGUUCUAUCACAAGGGAAGAGCUGAAAGGUGCAGCCGAAGGACUCCGCAUUGCUUGGGAACGUGGGUACAGAAAAGUGGAGUUGAAAUUAGACUCCACAACUGCCGUUGACCUCAUCAAACAUUCCAAAGAGACAGAUCACCGCCAUGGUUUGCUUGUGCAACAAAUUGGUUUACUUCUCAGCCACGAUUGGGAAGUUGUUAUUCCUCAGAGUGCAAUUUUGCAGCCGACUUCCUGGCUUGUAAGUUGUAAGGGUCAUGAUACCCAUUUUUGCACACAUUUGUUCAAUGUGUGUGACCCGAAUCUUUGUCAGAUGUUCAUUUAUGAUGCCAUGGGUAUUUCGCAGUACCGUUCUAUAAAUAUAAGUUAGGAUG